AUGCCAGAGCUCCAACAAGGGGAAGGAGAAUACCGCCUCGACUUCAUCCUCAUGCGUCAGACGGACCGGCGUUUCUUGCGUAAAGUCUCCAUCAAACGUGUCGACUUCAAAGACUCUAACCACAACCUCGUGCUUACGACUUUCCGCCUCCCCCCCCGUGUCGCACCCAACCGACGAGUGCGGGGGAACAGCGGAAGCAGCCGGAUCCGUAUCGACCUCGAGCGGUUGAGGAAGGACAAACACCUACGGGUCGCCUUCCAAAACAGGGCCUCCAGCCGCCCUCCGCCCACGGCGCUCAGGCGGCCAACGGGAGAGACCGCCGCCGAGCUGACGGCUACGGUGAUGUCGGCCGCUGCUGAGACCGCGCCGCUGGCGAGGUGCGCACGAGGGCAGAGAGGCUGGUACACGAGCGAAGCGCAGCACGAGAUCUCCGAAGCGUCUAAGGAGAUUAAGGCGGCCCAGCAGCAACUGCGAGGGGUCUCAAAGAACAGCGCCUUCGAGGCGACCCUGAAGGCGAUGCUCAAGGCGGCGCGGAAGAAGCGCAGCAUCGCGAGGUGGAGAGCACUGGAAACGUUCUUCGAGGGCUAUGUACGGCAGCUCGAGAAGAAGAGACGCGCGGGGGAUCAGGCGGGUUUCUACAGGCACCUGAAGAUGAUCGACGUCGAAGGUAAGAGGUCGUUCACCUCUCAGAACAUCAAGGACGAGGACGGCAAGGUCCUUCGGGACCCCACGUUUAUUCGCCAACGGUGGGCACGGUGGUUCCACAAGCUUCUCAACACCAAGUCGCCGACCAUCGACCUGCAUGCGGCUGACAAGGUCAAGCGGUGGCCCACGUGCGUGCCACUCGACGACAUCCCAUCUCUACUUGAGGUUGAGGAAGCGGUACGGGAAAUGGCCAACAGAAAGGCCGUCGGGCCGGACAACCUACCGGCUGAGCUGAUCAAGCUUUUCCUGGACGGAGAUCAAGGUCUCCUCCGCGAGUUCCACGCCAUUGUCGUGGACGUGUGGCAGACUGGGGACGUACCACAGCAGUGGAAGGAUGCCACCAUCAAAGUGCUGUUCAAGAAGGGGGACACGAUGGAGUGCGGCAACUA